UAGGGGUCAGUGUUUGCCCUCUUCGCCGCAGUGACUUUGUGUUGCCCCGACAACAAGCCACAACAGAAGCCGUUCCAUCAUGUCUACUUCUGUAGCAAAUGAAGGGGAAAAAAUGAGAUGUACAGUGAUGCUGAAGCCCUCUAAACGCGGCAGCAGCUUGCUCGCCUUGUCCAGCAGACGGAGUUUUACUUUCAGCGGUAGCAAAAUUCUGGACAGAAUGGCAGGUCCUACUCCGAGACAAGUUGUUCGGGUGUUUGAUGAGGAAAACAAUGAUGUGACUCCUCAGCCAUUUUACCGGACAGAUCUUGGAGCAGAGCCAGGCAGCAGGUUCUUGAUGGAUGAACUCUCUGCUGGAUCAACAUCAGACCAGACAACGUUCACUGGGAGCUUCACUAUGCCUUUUUCAAGGUCCGUUUUGGGUAGCAGCAGGAUAUCCAGCCAGUCAACCAUAGAGUCUGUGAACGAGGAAAUGGAGGAAACAUUUUGCAGACGUGACUUUCCCUUCAACUUACCAGAAUCUUUGUUGCCAGAUGAAAAGAGGAAAAGAGGCUCAGUGAAAGAACAAAUGACACAAGCUCUGUUGAAAGGGAUUAAAGACAUUCUAAUCACAGAGACAGACACUAUUACUCUGCUGGACAUUCCCCCUACCUUAGUGUCAGUGAAUGCUGAUGAUGCAGAUGUCAUAAUAGAGAGAAAUAAACAGUAUUCUGAAGUUUGCAGAAACAGAGGAAAUAAUGAGCAGUAUGUGGAGCGAGGCAUGCAGACACUGAAUGGAGCAACUAAGAACAAACAGAUACAGAACAACCUCAUGCUCAUGGUGGACACAGCCACGAUUGUGUCCACCUUCGACAUGUAUGCACCUCCAGAGCAGGAAGUGAUGGUUUACAGCCCUGAAAAGAAACAGACCAAUGAUGCAGAGACUGUCGUGGACUCCAGGAGAAGUCCAGAGAGGAGUCUGUCCCUGACCAGCUCAGCUAGUACAGUUAUUUCUUCCUGUUCGCUGAAAGAUGUAGAAACAGUUGGCAGCAGUUUAAACACACAAGUAGACUUUGAGUUCAUCAUGAUGUCAGAUCAAUUCCAGUACUCCUUACUUCUAAUGGAGAGGACCGUACUGCGGAACAACUUCCAAAACCAGCUGGCUGCUUACAGAAAGCUGCCUUUGCUGGAAGACCCUGACAGACUUGUAAAACCCAAAGAAGAGGAACAGAGUGAAGCAGAGACUUCCUGCUCUCCAGCCCUACAGUGUCUCUGGGUUUUCCAUUGUGAGCUCAGCAGAGGCUGUAGGGUCAGUAGCAUGGCCUGGAACAAAAAAAACCCGGACCUCCUUGCUGUAGGUUAUGGUGAGACUGACCACAGAAACCAUGAACAGGGUCUGGUGUGCUGCUGGUCUAUUAAAAACCCGACGUGGCCUGAGCGAAUCAUUAACUGUGACAGCGCUGUGACAACUGUGGAUUUUUCAUCCAACAGCCCUGGGCAGCUGGCUGUGGGGAUGUGUGACGGCAGCAUUGCUAUCCACAAUGUGCAGAGUGCAGAUAAUAAGACACCUUUCAUCAGCAGCCGUGAAUGUGCCAAAAGACACCUUGGACCAGUGUGGCAGCUCAGGUGGAACCAACAAGAACUGAGCUUCACUGGAGAGGAGAAGGUUGAGUCUCUGUACUCUGUGGGAGCAGACGGCAGAAUCUGCAAGUGGUUUGUCAUCAACGGUGGCCUUGACUGUACAGACCUGAUGAAACUCAAGCAGAUGAAUAAUAAGAAGACAGCAGAGUGUGUGCUGUCUGUUCUCACCCCUGGUCUGUGCUUUGACUUUCAUCCAAGUGACUCCAACAUCUAUUUGACUGGUACCUGGGAGGGAAACAUCCUCAAGUGUUCCUGCUCCAACGGUCACCAGUUUCUGGAAACUUACAGGAAACAUCUUUGUCCUGUGAACUGCAUCACAUGGUGUCCUCUCCAUCCUGAUGUGUUCCUGAGCUGCUCCUCUGACUCCACCAUCCAACUCUGGAAGCAGGACUGCAUUAACCCUUUGUUAAGCUUCACCUCCAACCAGCCGGUGGGUGAAGUCAGGUGGUCUCCAAAGCACGCCACAGUAUUCGGUGCUGUUAACGAAGGGCAGCUUGAGAUUUGGGACCUAAAUUCCAGCUUUUUGGAUCCGGUAAUCGUGCAGCCUGCUGGUCCUGGACUGAAGAUGACGUCCCUUCUGUUUGCAUCUCUCACAGACUGUGUUGUGGUAGGAGACAGUGAUGGCCAGGUGACGGCAUACCAGCUGCAGAACCUCCAUGUUGGAGAGAGCAGCCAGGGAGAUAUUAUUCAAGACCUCCUCCGCUCUGCAUCACCCAAAGAACUUCAGGAGACAUUGAUGUAGUGGACACAGAGCACCAUGAUGCAUGUCUAGUUUAAAUGUAUCUACAACUCUUCAGCUACAAGGUAAAUCCAUCCAUCUUUCAUCCGUAGCUUAUCCCUGCUGGUGCUUAUCUCCAGCAGUCAUUGGGUUGGAGACGAGGUCCAUCCGGUUCACAGAGAGUGAUUGAGAGAGUUUGAUUAACACAUAACACAAUAUCCACUAGGGGUGUUCUAGUGUGGUUUUCAAAACUUUGCCGGUCCAGCUUCAUUUCCAAAAGGCAGCACAUUGUUAUGUUCUGAACUAACACGUUUCAUUUAUAUGAAGCCUCAAACAAUAACGUGCUUCUUGGUUGUUUUCUGUUUCUUCAUAUCUUUGAUUGUCUAACAUUGAAGGCAAAUCCAUAUGAAUUUAUUAUUAUACUUUGAGCCUGUUCAUUUUAACAUGAGAAAGAAAAGCUUUAAAUUGAUCAUCACAGUACAG